GUGUCCAUAAAUAUACCUCUACAUAAAAUGAAGUUGUUGGUGUGUUUUAUUUUGUUUUAUCAAGUUUAUGCUCUAUUUGAUAAUGAUUUGGAAUUAGAAUGUAAAGGAAAAACAUUCGAAAAUGUCACUAUGACUGCUUAUUAUCCGGAUCUUACUGAAAGUGGUGAGUCCGGUUACUUGGAUAUGACCGGAAGAAAAUUAAGAACCUUACAGGAAUAUCUCGACGAUAGAACCGGCUUUGUAACACUGGCAAUGGACGAUGAACUCGGCGUACCCUACGGUACUGAAAUCUGCAUCCCGGAACUCAACAGACAUUACGGCCACAGAAUCCGAUUCGAAGUAAGAGACACGUCCUCAGAUCUCAAGGGUUCAGGCUACUCGAGAGUCGAUGUUUGUGUCAGAUCCGAAAUGGACAGUUACGACAUCAGUGUCAACAGGAAAGUCACCGUUGUAUUUGUCACUGAAGCAUCCAAGAGGAAAACGGAGAUAUGAAUUAUUAAUUAUUUGAAAUAAACUUAUUAAGAAUG